AUGUUACGAGAUUUUUUCAAAAAGUUCAAGAGGAGUGAUCUGGACAUAAAGAAGGUCCCAGAUGUCACUUUUAUCGGUGACGAAGGGAUCGAUGCCGAGGGCUUGACCAAAGAGUUUUUCACCUUGGUAAUGAAUGCUUUGACUAGUGGCACCGGGGGCCACAUAAUGUUCGAAGGAGGAAGUGACCACCUGGUGCCAGUCAUCAGUGAAGAGUGUUACCAAAGUGGUUACUUCAGAUUCGCGGGACAGCUUAUUGCCAUGUCAGUGCUCCACAGGGGUAUUGACAUAGGAGGGUUAUCUGGGGCCCUUACAAUAUACAUGGUCACAGACGUUGUGGAACUAGCAAGCUGCAAUCUCUUAAUCGAUGUCCCUGACCACUGUGUGCAACAGGCUCUUAUGGAGGUACAUGUACUGUUAGAUAAGUAACAUUUUCGUAUGAAACUUCUUAAAAUUUAGGACAGGAGAAGGCUCUAUAACAGAAACACAUUUUAUGUGAAUCCACAGCAGGGGGGAUGCAUGGAGAGGGGAGCAGGGAGUUCACUGUUCAAGAUAGGAAAACAAGAUACAAACGUGAUACUCUAGUAGCUGGUGCAACUGGAUGUCCCAAAUUUGUGCUGUGGGAGGACAUGGCAGAUAAGGUGACCAAAGUGCUACAAUUUCAAAAAUCUAACAGUUCGAAUUCUCGAUGACACCAAAUAUCUCAAUAGUAAUGAGUCUACAAUAGUAGAAGAAACUGAUGACAUCGAAAUGUGCACAGUAUGUAAACAGUACUCGUUUAGUUUUUUCCUUUGUAUGUGUUAAUAUAUUUAUUCAGUUUAAUAUAUCGAGAAAAGUUGUCUCUGCAUGGCCAGAUAUUUAGUCUAUCUCGCUAUCAACUUGUAAUUUACUUCUUUUUUCCCACAAAUAAAGAUUCAUUGUUCAUAUUGUGAAAUAGAUAUUUUCUUUAGUCUUACUUUAGCUUUUGAAUUGGUUCUUUAUUUAGCCUAAUUCUAUCCAGAUGCUUAGACGUAAACAGUUUUCUUAAUUUUAAGAUUAUCUUAACAUUUUAGUUUAGUUUCCAUUUAAGCAAUAGACUGUAACUACUUAUCUGAGCCGCACUUGGCUUUAAUGUUAGUGGAGGCCCAUAAUAAGAAACUCCGUUUCGGUAUCAUUCAUCUUCAAUCGGUUGGUGAUCAUUUGAAAUUGAUCAUGAGCGAUCCAAGCUUCUAUUACUCUGAGCACUUCAUGUUAAGAUGUCAACAAUGGCUUGAAACGGAAAUGCAGGUGAAUAUCAUCUGCAUUUACAGGGGUUAAUAUCCUAAUGCACCACAGGUUUUCCAAGCUCACUGCAUAAAUUACGGUGUUUUAAUACUGAUUUCUGUGUCACGAAUGACCUAUAUCCAGGGAGCAGCAAUGCUCUUAGGCAUACUUCAUGCUAAGGAAACUGGGAUAAGCUCUGGCUGUUUGGGCCUUAAGCUUGUGUGCGCCAUUACCUACCUUUUUAUAUGCAGACCAGACGACGAUCGAAUAGUAUCCCAUGAUGCACCUCGAUUCAUGUUAUAUUAUCACUGCGUACGUGACACAUUAUGAUCAGUAACCUUCAGCACGCGCGAAGUGAACAUCGAUCGCAGUGCUCGAUGUGGAUGGUUUCCAAACAUGUUUCAGUUCAGCAGCUUCUGCUUUUGAGAUUAUCGAGUUGGCUAAUAUUCACUGUGCUUUAAAGGUGAAUUUCAGCGUUGCUUUGACUGAGAGGGGUUUUACAGGUAUUUCACUGAUCUGAACUACUUGUGCCGCGCUCAGUCGCACUGUAAACACAAAUUAUAAGACUCGCAAUUGAUAAGCUUCGCUAGGUUCACUAGGAGAACCCAGGCCAGAGGAGAACCAAAACUAUGACUGAUCUAUAAAGUGGUUCCAACAAAACAUCCGCUACACUGUGAAGCUAAUUACCAAAGGAUAAUUUAUUACAGCAUCGUGCUGAAAGGAGCUGAAGUUUACAAUGGCAGUUACAAAUAAAAUUUAACCUAUCGAUGCGACAAACAAUUCUCUGAAGCACAGUCUACCCGGUACUGACUCAAGCAAUCUUCAAGGAAAUUUCCUGGCCAGAAUACUGAUCUGUUCUUUUGAAUAAAUAAAGUUUCUGCAUGAUGUUUCUUUUUCAAAUUCUGAGCAGGCUUCAGUUUACGUUGUGCCGGCUUGCACGCUGCGUGGUUCCUUUCUUUGGGUUCUUUUCACACUGAAACACACCGUUAUACACCGCUCCUUCUUCGAAUUAAAAUAAUUAUAGUCAAAUUCCUUUUAAAAAUAACCUCUUUGAAAAUACAAAGUGAUUGCUUCAGCAUAAAGCGCUCUUAAAAGCGCCCAACAGAUUGUAGCCUUCAUCAGGCUUUACACAUAUAUUAUGACACAUGGCGUUGAAAUGUGAUAAAAGAUUCGAAAUUUCAGCCAUCUUUGGUCGACAAAAAAGUCUUCAAAAUGUGGGUACUUCUUGGCCUGUACAAUAUUCAGGACUUCAUUUUGCUGGCGUGAGGUCCACAUUUGUAAGAUUUCAACAUGUAUUCCAAAAAAACCUUGAAUAUUCAUGACCUGGUUGUGGGUCACUGAACACUUUGUGAUGGGAAGACUAAUUGAAACCGUGAAAAUAAAUGUUUCUAAGUGGAAACUUCGCUCUUAAGCCAUUGCAAAUCGGAGAAAUCAUGUCAAAUAACGAAAUAAUGUAAUUUUUUUACUUUUACUGGAAAUCGAGUGAGAAAAAAGCCGACGAGAAAACGACCUUAUUUCAAGAUGGAAUCUGCUAUGACUGCAAUAUUGCGCGAUGCUUCUGGAAAAAUGCAUCAUGGGAUACUACUCGAUCCUCCUCUGUAUGCAGACUUAUUUUCUGAAAAUUAUCCCAGAGGUUCAUUUUUAGGGCAAAGGCAAACCACACCUACAGACGACUUUCCAGUUGAUGUUAUAGCUUGUAGGACUAAAACCAGCAAGGCUUUAAGCAAUGUUUUGCCUCUGUCUGACAUCCUAAGCCCUUUUGUGUAAAGCAUGAAUCGCAGCCACAAAUCAACGUGAAAAGAGAACAGUUGCUUCUUGAUAACGUAGAGGGUGGGAAAUGAUGUUUAUCGAUCAGCAACUUGCAAAAAUUUUUGGUACAAACAUGCAAACCUGUUUAUGCGCAUGACAAACAGUUGUUUAAGAAGGCGGCUAGAAAGCUUGCAAAGGCUUGAAUAUGGCUGCCCAUUUCCCCUCCAAGUAGGUGGAAAAGUAUAUAUCUUGAUGUUGCAGAAACCAAAAGAUGACAACGCACAUCGACAGGUUAGGAACCAUUAAAGAGAACAUUUUGCUUGUCGAAGAGGACUUUCAAUGGUAUGUUUAACUUUUUUCUAACCAAGUGGUAGGAAAAAAUCUAAAAUGAUACGAAUUAAGUGUAAUUUCAUAUGUUGGAAGGGCUUCAUGACAUGAUAGGAAAUAAACAGUGUUAUUUUGCGUCCACUUUCAAUUCUUUUAUGAGCACACCUGUGAACCAAGAACACAGGCAAAUGUUCUGUGAGGCUAAUGUUAAGAGAAAUAACAGAAUGAAAAUUUGCUGUGGGUGAUUGCAGUACACAUGAUGUCUUGCUAAAAUGAGGUGUAAUAUAAUCCGAAAAAAACUGUUUACAAUGCAUACUCUGAGGUCCCUUCACUUGGCUCUAUUCUGGAAUCAAUGUUGAUAUAUAUUGUCCGCCACCACUCCAAAAAUGGAGGUUUUUGAGUCAAAUAUGUCUAGUUGUCUAGUUUAGAAGUUUAUCUAACCAAAACCAACUAGGGAACCAUGGAGGUAGGUACAGUUUCAAACACUAAACCGAACAGACGUCUAAGAGAUUUUGGCGGACUCUGUGACACUUCACAGGAAUCAAAGUGCCAACAGGAGAUGCUAAAGUUAUAGUAAGUGCGGAUAAGCCUUUUGCUAUCUCAUAUUUAAAAGAAACGAAAGGUUAUGCUGAAAUGCCACUACAACUUCAGCAUGAAAUCACUUGCCUGAUCCAGCACUGUGCAGUCGAUCAGACUGAUUGAAGCUGGACAUCUCAGUUAAUAUUGUUAAGGCAGGUGAAUUUCAGUUGAUUCUGUAAAAUUAUUACUCAAUUUACAUUUGUGGAAACCUUUGUGCUAAAUGAAUGACUUAACCUUGAAAUAAGACUAUGUAGGAAGAGUUUCACACAUUGACUUUGCUUGGACAUUGGGAUAACCUAGAAUAGCACAGUACAGACACAUCUAAACCUCUCAUAUUAUUCAAACCUCAAAUUACUUGUUAAGCAAGUUGGGCUCACAUCAAUAUAACCAACUUAAGUACCGCAGAACUGCCUUCUUGGAGUAUAUCAUUUUAACUACUGGGAUAGAAACAAGGAAGGAUUGCUAGUUCAAUGAAGCCUAAAAAGGGUACUUGGUGCUUGGGAGUUAUAAAUUACGCUGACAGCCAUUACAUUAUCACUUGGGGAGGGGCAAAGUCUUAUAUUUCAACCGAGAGACAGGUUGUGCAGAAAGAGAUGGUGUCCUGUCUCAUUUUGUGGUUUUAGAUAUCAAGGUCAGAAAUUUAUGAGAUGCAAAUGCGGUCGUAAGUUUUCUGCGCCCAUCUCUGGAUCUUUUCUCGAUUUUGAUGUCCUGCAAAAGGCAACUCACUGCAGAAUAAAAAUUAUUCCUUGAAGGGGCCGUUGGAGGGCAUGAUUUAUUAAUAUUGGAGAGGCAGGAAGGGGAAAGUCGACUGUGAUAACUGAGAUCUGUGGAUAAUUCAAAGAGAAAAACUUUUAGGCUGUUUGCUCUACUGGAAUUACGUGUGUAGUGCCCAAAAAAAUACCUUCCCAGGAAGUCCGAAACAAGUGACACUCGAUUCUUUUUUGAGACUUUCCAUGAAGGACAUUUCUAUGAAGUUGUAAUCACGGCAUGUCAUAAUGAUAAAGUUUGCAUGAGGCUUCGGCAAGAUGUUGGUAUCUUGUUUAAUGAGUGCUCCAACGGAAGUGCGAGACUGCUAGAACGUUUUCAUGCUAUAACCCCCCUUCUGAGGUGAGAAAAUGGGACAGGCCGUUUGGAGGUGUUCUAGUCAUUGAUGUGGGGGACGUUCUGUAGCUGAAACCUGUUUAAGACAAUUUUGACGAUAGUACCAUGCUUUACCAAAGCAUUUCCGCACACCAUAGAGCAAACCAUAAUUCACAGGUUGAAGGGGCUUUAACAAAGCUUUAAAUAAUGCUCCGACUAAGAAACAUGGCAGAAACAAUAGGCCUGCGGCAACAGAGACCAUUGCUGUCUGGCGCAAGGAAAAGUCAUCAUUGAAUUAAUUUGAGCUCUUUCAUUGGAUAAAUAUACCGCAAAAUUCAAUCUUUGCACCGCCCACAAAAACUGCUUCCAAUGCCAUUCUUUGCGUUUUCUUUUCCAGAUUGAGAAAAGGGGACAGAUUAUAAAGCAGCUGAAGGAUAACUGAGGAGGAAUACCAAGCGAGAUUCUAGAACCACGAUUAAUCAAGCAGUUUCUCAUUGAAGAGAACAACAGCUAUGAAGAUCUUGUAGAGGAAAUUCAGAAUUAG